AUGCUUUUGAAUAAUAAUCAACAACAGCAACAGGGAAAUCCAAAUGGAGGCAUAUCCUCUUCAUCUUCCUUUAAAAUAGCAACAACCUCUACUUCCACUUCCAACAAUAAUCCCACCAUCAAUACCCAGCUCUCCAACAACAAACCUCCAUUUCCUCUCACCCGAACCAACAACGGGUCUUCUACCACACAACUCAACACACAACUCAACCCAAGAGCAGGCUCAACAGCAAGCCAUUUCCGUACGAGAAGUUUUGGGACGGGUACUCAAAACGAUCUUGACAACAUGAUGAUGUAUCAACCACAACAAGCGUACAAUCGAUAUGGCCAGAACAUCUCCACUUCCUUUACACCCCCAGACACAUUUGACUUGAUGGAUUACGAAUUACUGUUGAUGCAACAUAAGAAACACAUUGAACAACAGCAGCAACAAUCACAAGCAUCCAAUGCAGGUGUCACUUCUCCCAACAAAUUCAAUCUUCAACUUCCUUUGGCAAAUAUGCCUUCCAAUACAACAGCAAAUACCACACCCCGAGGCGCUACGACCACACCCCGAGGUGGAACCACGACACCAAGAGGAGCCACAACACCAAGAAGAGAACGAACAGAUCAAAAUGCAACAGGAGAGGAGGGAGCUGUGAGCGAGGACGAGCCCAUAAGUCCUGCGGCAGCUGAUGAUGCUUCAACUCGUGGUGGUGCUCCACCCAAACUUACUCAGCAAAACAUGUCACAAGCUACUUCCAACAACACGAACGUCACGUCAACAAAUCAACACACUAAUGACUCGCUAUUCCACAAAGUUUUCCCUUCCAAUUCUUCCAAUCAAUCAAAACCUAAACAACAGCCUGUCACACAAAAUCUUGAUUCUCUCUUAACUAUAGAAUUAAAACCAAGGAGAAAUCCUGCUCUUGGAAAUGGAAUGCUCCAAGAAUACAGACCUACCACAAGUCCUCUGGUGAGAUACAUUGCCACAUUUGUUCCUCAUAAACGAGGUGGUGUCCACAAGGUCAAUGUGCCAAUACCUACCAUUUCUGCACAUAGCGGAUCUGGAUCAUCACUUACAUUUACACCAACUGAUUUGAUUCGAAAAGCUCUCGAGUUAUACCGAAGAGAAACUGAUCUAGAACCCAUUUCGAAUGAUGAUAGAGCUUAUCAAUUGAGAGUCGCAGAGGAAGAUGGACUUCCAGAUCUCAGCUGGCCAACAUUAACAAAGGACAAAACAGUUAUUGAACAAUUAGGAAAUGAAAAACUAGUGCUUGUCUAUGACAGAGACUUUCAACCAGUUUCAUCGAGUGGAUCGCUUGCAACUGAUGACGAAAGCUCUUCUAACAACAAAAAUAGAAAGGAGCUCAAUAUCAAGUUCGGAGGUGAUGAAGUUUUCACAAAAUUCAAUUUGGAAGAUAUUAGAUUACAAGUAUAUUUACCCCCAACAAACCAUUCAUGCUCAACUCCCAUUUCAUCAAAUCCCAAUCCAAAUUUAUUUACAACAGCAAUGUCAUCAUCAGCCAAUACUCCACGAAAUUUUUUCAAACUUGUACCAGUAUCUCCAGAAUUAUUGCUCAAAGAUCUUCAAAAAGUACUUUGUCAACGUUUUUCACUUAACGCUAAAAAGUACACUUUACGUUACAUUGGACGAGACAAUGUCGAGCGAGAAAUUAGCAAAAACCAUAGAGACAAAACACUGUAUUCGUUAGGAAGCUUGAUUGAAAGAGUAGUACUUGUAAGAACGGCACCCUAUGAAAACGAUUUUGAGUUAACACCAAACAAGGAUCUUUCAGGAUCUCCAAAUCAAUCCAGCUUGGCUGGAGUCGGGUCACCACCUGCAUACGUCAUUCCAUUCAUGACACCCUAUGACAGUACUGAAAAUGUAUAUCAUGUCAUUAAGACAAACAAGUUUGGAUCAAGGCAAGAGAGAAUUCUUAGCUUUGACUCUGAAAAUAUUUAUAACAGCAAGCCAGCUUCCACAUUCCUUGGAUUUCAAAGCCAUAAAUCCACAAAACAUCCAAAGAGGCCCAUUACUAGUCUCAAGACUGUUGAAUGUGAUCCUGCAAAUCCAAAAUGUUUCACUCUUGCUUUCGAGGAUGAAACAUUAUAUUAUGAAGCUAGAACAGCUGUGGAAGCUGAAACCAUUGUAAAGAGACUUGAACACUUGUUGCUUGUGAAAAACCAUCCAAUGUACAGAAGAAACCGAAAUUCAUUUUCUGCUGCAAGAGCUUUAUCUGAUUUAGCACCAAGAAGGUGA